UAGUAACACUGAACGAAACCACAAGAACCUCCCCUUAGAAACAAGGUUAAAAACAUGUUUUUAGGAGAGCUUCAAUUUACUUUUCAACUGCUUUCUGAAAGCUUUGGUAUCACUAAUUUUGGCUGAGAUUUUAGAAACUCUGCAUUAGCAACCUCAGUAAAACAAUGUGGCUUGGUAUAUCAGUUAUGAUAUCAUACUUCGUUCACUCUGCAGCCAGUAGUGGGCCAGAGCUUUCAGUCAUGCAAUACCCUGAGGAUACCAGCGUGCUCCUCAACUCCACAGUGUGGAUGCUAUGUGUAUUUGAGUACCCUGGUGAGGAGAACGAGGAACCAGUCGUGUACUGGAGGAAGGGUCCCAACUGUCACAACCAGAAGAGCCUCCAGUCGAGCCAUGGCAUGGGCAGGCCACAGGUACACAUUACAAAGAACACCCUCAAGGGAUUCUCCAUCUUAAAACUGAGCAACGUUGACCAGAACGCCAGUAACUCCUAUUUCUGCGAUGUGAUGCUAACACAGAAAAUCCAGGGUAAACGUGGAAACGGCACCAAGCUGACGGUGCAUGAUUUCAAAUGCAAAGACUGUAUAAGAUCAGAUAAGACCUGGUGGGGUUGGUUCCUUCUUCUUGGAUACACCAUCUUCGUCACUACAGUUAUCAUAGCUUUUGGUAUUCACCAGUGCUGUAAAAAGUGCAAGAAUGAGACAAGAAAUACAAACAGCAUUACUACUGUGCCAAGCGAAUGGACUUAUGACCAGCCAUCCAGACCAGUUAUAAAUGAGUUUAAUCAAGAAUAUGAAGAUAUGUCACUAAUAAGAACUUUCAGUGACAUUGGAAGGAAAAUGACAUGAAAAACAAGGUGGUGCGUGCGGUUGUAACUAAGGUAUGAGCAUGAGUGAUGGGGGGGUGGGGGAAGGCUUGUGGGGUUGUUGUUGGCUGUUUUUGUUUGGUUGGUGGUUUUGGUUUUUUCACUUCAAACACAAGGACACAGUUGGGAUUUUGUUUUUACCCUGGUUAAGACAGCCUCUUUCCUUUACAAAUGCAGUUCUGUAAUACCAUAUCUAUCUACUGUAAUGACAGAUUUAAAGAAGAGUUUGUCAGAGAGGAAUUCCUCACAUUCUCCCAGUGUACUGUCUGAUCUUAUUUCUAACUCCUUACAUGUCCCCCAUGUUUACAAAUCCCUGCAACUUCUUCCACUCUCAGCUAUUUAGGCAGCUAUGCCACUCACAUAAUGCAUAUUAAGUACAUCCAUCUCCUAAUAGAAUGAAAAUCCUUAAUGUGUUUUUGAAAGUUGUAACUUAUGUGUUUUCUGAAGAAAAAACAAUUACUGAAAUAAUCUAUGUAGCCUAUCUACAUGUCAGGAUUUAAUUUUACUGCUGUAGGGCUUAUCCUUAAUGUUUAUGUGCCAUAUCUAAGAUUGUAACAUAAAAUGUUUGGAUUUAAAAAGUGUCUUUUAAACUUGUUUUAAAAUGCUUAGAAUCCUUAUAGAAUCUAUGUAAAUAACAACAAUAGAAAUAAGCUGCACAGAAAGAGCUUAUCAUAAUUUGCAUAAUAAUGAAGUACUUGAGGAAGUGCUGCUUUGGUAUAGUUAUGUAUGAGUGACUUGAAGGAAAUUAAUAGUUUGACAAAGGAUUUAAAUUGUUGAAUUUUUUCUUUCCUCAGUCAAAUAUUGUAAGCUGAAUAUCAUGUUUCAAAUUUACUUAUCACUGCUAAUGUAUUAUGCAAAAGGAAACAGUUCAUAGAAUAAAAUGACAGAGAUCACAGCCUUAUACAUUAAUUGUGCAGUAGUUACAAAAAGUAACUAAACUCUGUUCACUUAAAAGGGGACAGUAAGUCAUAUAGUUGACAUUCAGGGCUGGACAUUACGAAGUGGAUACAUACUGCUAGAUGGAUUCAGCUUCAGCUUCAUCACUAGCCUCUUCUAAAAUGUUUCCUUAUUCCAUCAGUAAAGAUGCCAAAUAAAAUUAUUUUAAUUUAAUAAAUUGA